CGGGAAGAGCUCCAUUCUGCUCACAGCGCCGACACGAACAGACAUGUCUACGCAACUACCACUACUACAGAGCCUCUGGGACUGGGUCCUGACGCACGACGCCUGGCUGCACUCCCCGUUCUUCCCCGUGCUCUUCUCCCUGGGCGCCUACCUGCUCCUCUGCCUGCCUUACGUGGUCCUGGACCUCCUGUCGCCGCACGUGGAGCUCAUCCGCCGCCACAAGAUCCAGGAGAGGAGCCACGUCUCGUGGCGCGUGAUGUGGAGCUGCCUGGCGCACUCGCUGUACAACCACGCCGUGUUCAUCUUCCCGCUGACCGUCCUGCACUGGUACUGGAGGCGGGCGAGCUUGCCGGCGGAGGCGCCGGGCGCCCUGAGGGCGGCGGGGGACGCGGUGGCGUGCCUGCUGCUGUUCGACUUCCAGUACUUCGUGUGGCACACGCUGCACCACAAGGUGCCCUGGCUGUACCGCACGUUCCACAAGGUGCACCACAAGUACACGGCCACGUUCGUGCUGAGCACCGAGUACUCGGGCGCCUGGGAGACGCUGUCGCUGGGCUUCUUCGCCGCCGUCAACCCCAUGAUCCUCGGGUGCCACCCGCUCACCGAGAUGCUGUUCUUCGUGCUCAACAUCGCCCUGUCCGUGGAGGACCACUGCGGGUACGACCUCCCCUGGGCCACGCACCACCUGGUGCCGUUCGGACUCUACGGAGGCGCGCCGCAUCAUGACCUUCAUCACCUCAAGUUCAAGUCGAACUACGCGCCGUACUUCACGCACUGGGACAGGCUGUUUGGGACUCUGCACGAGGACUAAAAAAAGGAAUUAAAGACUCAAAAAAUAACUCAAAAAGAGAAGAAGUGCACUUCAUGCAUUGGCCUAAAUGCUGUUUUUCUUUUACACUAAAAGGAAUUACAUUUUUUUUGCUGGCACAAAAAUGAGCUCUAUGAACUCUAUGCAACCACACGCACAAACCAAAAUUUGUAUUUAUUGAAAAAAUGACAUAUUGAUCAUUUGUUUGCUGCUAUUAUCAAAUAAUAUAUAUUGCUAUAUGUUGUGAAAUUGCUUAUUUAACAUAAUAUAUUCUAAUGCAGAUUUGUGGAAGAAUGUUAAUGGCCCAUGCAAACCAGUGGGCCUUGUGAUUGUGCAUGUUUGAUUUUAUUUAACCUGCAUAAUGAAUGAAGUAAACAUGUCUCGAAUGCAAUAAACAAUGUCUGCAAAAUUUA